AUGAAAGGGGCAGUGCUGGUAGCCAUUGCUGCCACGAUUGGUAACUUGUUGCAGGGUUGGGAUAAUGCAACUAUUGGAGGAGCUGUUGUUUACAUCAAGAAGGAGCUCGAGCUGGGUGCUGCCGUGGAGGGCCUAAUAGUGGCCAUGUCCCUAAUUGGUGCAACCCUCAUCACAACCUGCUCGGGUACCAUAUCCGACAUGAUCGGCCGGCGCCCAAUGCUUAUCAUCUCCUCCGUAUUCUACAUUGUGAGCGGUAUAAUAAUGCUUUGGUCCCCUAACGUAUACAUCCUGCUCGGGGCCAGACUUCUGGAUGGGUUUGCUGUGGGGCUGGCCGCCACACUUGCUCCCGUCUAUGUUUCCGAAACUGCCCCUCCUGAGAUAAGGGGCCAGCUGAACACACUCCCUCAGUUCUUCAGCUCAGGGGGGACUUUCCUGGCCUACUCGAUGAUUUUCGGAAUGUCGUUCUUGCCUGCACCAAGCUGGCGGUUUAUUCUGGGAAUUAUUUUCGUGCCCUCUUUGGCGUAUUUCGGGUUGACGGUGUUUUAUCUACCGGAGUCGCCUAGGUGGCUGGUGAGCAAGGGGAAGAUGCUCGAGGCAAGGCGUGUUUUGCAGCAGUUGCGUGGCAGGGAGGAUGUCUCUGGUGAGAUGGCACUUCUAGUGGAGGGCCUGGCGGUCGGGGGUGAAACCUCGAUAGAAGAGUACAUCAUCGGGCCGGCCCACGAGGUCGGGGAAAAGGAUCCAUCCCCCGACGCGGACCACAUCAAGCUGUACGGGCCUGAGGAGGGAAUCUCAUGGAUCGCAAGGCCCGUCUCUGGCCACAGCCGCCACAACAGUCUGCUUUCCCGCCAGGCAAGCACGACGGGCCCGAACGUGCCCCUCAUGGACCCGCUCGUGACCCUCUUCACGAGUGUACACGAGAAGCUUCCUGAUGCCGGUGGGAGCACCUACAGCACGCUGUUCCCCAAUUUCGGCAGCAUGUUCAGCACCACGGCCCCGGAGCCCAGAAACGAGCAGGAGUGGGAUGAGGAGAGCCUCCGGCCGAGGGGGGAGGAUGACGACGACGAGGCUGCCGGCGGCGGCACGGAUUCCGACUCCGGCGGCACGGACUCCGAUGAGAACCUGCAGACUCCACUGAUUUCGCGCCAAGCGACAAGCGUGGACAAGGAUGGGGCCGGGCCAGAUGGGGCCGGGCCAGGUGGGCCCGGGCCAGGGGAGAGCACGGGGAUCGGGGGUGGCUGGCAGCUGGCGUGGCAGUGGUCGGGGAAGGGGAAGGGCACGGAAGGUGGGUUCAGGAGGAUCUACCUGCACCAGGAGGGGGGGCUCGGGUCGAGGCGGGCUUCUCUCAUAUCGGUCUCCGGUGGCGGAAAUGUUGGCGGCGGCAGUGGGGAUGGAGAGUUUGUGCAGGCUGCGGCGUUGGUGAGCCAGCCGGCGCUCGUCCCCAAGGAGAUCAUGGACCAGCGGCCCGUGGGGCCCGCGGUGGUGCACCCGUCGCAGAAUGCCUCGCGAGGGCCGAGCUUGGCAGCGCUGCUCGAGCCUGGGGUCAAAAGGGCUUUAGUGGUGGGGAUCGGGAUUCAGAUGCUACAGCAGCUUUCGGGUAUCAGUGGAGUUUUAUUCUACACUCCUCAAAUUCUUCAGCAGGCGGGUGUAGGUGUUCUUCUUACAAAGCUUGGCCUUGGGACAGAUUCAGCAACUUUUCUCCUUAGUGCCUUCGCAAAUUUUUUGAUGCUUCCCAGUAUAGCUGUGGCAAUGAGAUUCAUGGAUGUAGCCGGUAGAAGGUCGUUGUUGCUCACGACAAUCCCAGUCCUGGUAGUGUCCCUCAUCUUCCUCCUGAUUGUGAAUGUAUUCGACUUUGGCACCCUGGCCCAUGCUGUGAUCUCGACCGUGAGCGUGGUCACCUAUUUCUGCUUCUUUGUAAUGGGCUAUGGGCCCAUCCCCAACAUACUAUGCUCUGAGAUUUUCCCAACCCGAGUUCGAGGCAUUUGCAUUGCCAUUUGUGCCCUCGUCUUUUGGAUUUGUGACUUCAUAGUCACCUACUCCAUGCCCGUCCUACUCGCCUCUGUGGGCCUAGUUGGCGUGGCCGGGAUUUUUGCGUCAGUGUGCUUCAUCUCGUUCGUUUUCGUGUUCUUGAGGGUCCCAGAGACCAAGGGCAUGCCGUUGGAAGUCAUAACCGAGUUCUUUGCCGUUGGGGGCCAAACAAGGCGCUAG